AUGCAUCACAUCAUGAUCAACGUUCGGCGAUCAGUCGAAGUCAUUCUGCUGGAGGUUCAGAACGUCAAGGAGCCAGUAAAGUCAACAGAAAUAUCAACAGUUAAGAAGAUCUUUUUUGUUCUGUACAUGUAUGUUUACUUAUGUGUUUUGACUUGCGGAACUCCACCACAGCCCAGAAAAUUCUCCAAUUUCGUCAAGUCCGGGAUGGAGGCGUACGUUCUGGGCGAGUCUCGAAUGAAUGGACAACCUGGAGAGAAGCACGAAGUUAUUAUCAGUGGCCCAUUGGUACAAUGGCGCCCCAUACAGCAAUAUUACACAUGUACAGUCGAUAAACCAAAAAAGGAAACAAAACUGAAGGGAUUGAAGAGUUUUAUUGCCUAUUCACUUACCUCAACACUCAGUCGGAUACAGGUAAUUUUGAAAAAUAUUGAUUUUGUUUACCACUGUGCAAAUGUGGUGAAUUCCCUGGAAACCGAUGCAUCGAGCUCGCACUGGCUUUUCUUGGAAAAAGCGCUAUGUCUGAGCGGAGUUUUGCGCUAUGAGACAACUGGCCAAGGAUGGCUCUGCGUAGAAUGGAUCAUUUUCGAUACUACACCAGUUUGA